AUGUCUGGUCCAGCCUCCUCAGUCUUGAGGCAGGCUUCGAGGGCCUACACCCGUCGCCUCUCUUCCGGAACUAUCCUGCCUGCAUCACACCCACGACCUUCCAUCGCCACCUCACGUUUUAUCAAUCGCAGAAACUAUGUCUCUGAAUCAAAGCCUUCUGCUGCACAGGUCACUGAUGUGCAGUCUGCCAUCAAAGCAGAUCAGAAAAAAUUCAUUGAAGAAACUGGCAAUCUCCCAUCGCAGUUGAAAAUACCGGGUGCCCAAGUGUCCGCAGAUGCGAUGAUGAGUCCUCAAGCAGGUCUUCUGAACCAUGCCACUAUUAUGGAUCAGGGUACUCGGCCAAUCUAUCUCGACGCACAAGCCACCACUCCCGUGGACCCCAGAGUCCUCGACGCAAUGCUCCCAUUUUUGACUGGCCUCUACGGCAAUCCUCAUUCACGCACACACGCAUAUGGCUGGGAGAGCGAGCAGGCUGUCGAGCAAGCAAGAGAACACAUUGCAAAGUUGAUAGGAGCCGACCCGAAAGAAAUCAUCUUUACCAGUGGCGCGACUGAAAGCAACAAUAUGAGCAUCAAGGGCGUGGCCAGGUUCUUUGGCAGGUCGGGCAAAAAGAAGCACAUCAUCACUAGUCAGACCGAGCACAAAUGUGUUCUGGACAGCUGUCGCCAUCUGCAAGAUGAGGGCUUUGAUGUGACUUAUCUUCCAGUCCAAUCCAAUGGCCUGAUUGACCUCAAGCAACUGGAGGAGGCAAUCAGACCCGAGACUGCCUUGGUCAGUAUCAUGACCGUCAACAAUGAGAUUGGGGUCAUCCAACCCGUCAAGGAAAUCGGACAGAUCUGUCGGUCUAGGAAGGUUUAUUUCCACACUGACGGCGCACAAGCAGUCGGCAAAAUCCCGAUCGACGUCAACGAAUGGAACGUUGAUUUGAUGUCAAUUUCAAGCCACAAAAUCUAUGGUCCGAAGGGCAUUGGUGCCUGCUAUGUUAGGAGACGGCCGCGUGUCAGGCUCGAUCCCCUCAUCACUGGAGGUGGGCAAGAAAGAGGCCUUCGGAGUGGCACCCUUGCACCCCACCUCGUGGUUGGUUUCGGGGAAGCUUGCCGCAUAGCCAAAGAGGAAUUGGAGUACGAUUCCAAGCGUAUCACCGCUCUCUCCCAGCGACUCCUGAACGGCUUGCUUUCCAUGGAGCACACUUCUCAAAAUGGUGACCCCACUCGACACUAUCCUGGCUGUGUCAAUGUUUCUUUCGCCUAUGUUGAAGGAGAAUCUCUGUUGAUGGCGCUCAAAGAUAUUGCUCUUUCGUCUGGUAGCGCUUGCACUUCUGCGUCUCUGGAGCCAAGUUACGUCCUGCGAGCUCUUGGAAACAGCGACGAGAGCGCUCACAGCAGCAUCCGGUUCGGUAUUGGACGCUUCACCACAACCAGCGAAAUCGACUAUGUCUUGAAUGCUGUACGCGAGCGGGUCACUUUCUUGCGCGAACUGAGCCCUCUCUGGGAACUGGUUCAGGAAGGCGUUGACUUGAACACCAUCGAAUGGAGUCAACACUAG